AUGGGUCAGACUUCCAGCAACACGACCGAUCAACCAACAGGAAUGGCUAAGACAAGAAGUAUGACUAGAAACCAGAACCAUGAUGAUGAUGAUGCAUCUAGCAAGAAGAAGAUGAAAGCGUGUAUCUUCUGUGUAGGAAUUGCUAAGACAAGAAGUAUGAUUAGAAACCGAAACCAUAAUGAUCCAUCUAGCAAGAAGAAGAGGAUUAAUAAGACUUGUGACACUUGGUCAGAUCUUAACCAUGAUGUGCUUUUUAUAAUUAUGAUGCAACUCGGAGUUGAUGAUUAUGUUUCAUUCAGUAGAGUUUGUAAGUCAUGGAGAUCACUUGCAGUGUGUAACAAGAACAAGUUCAUAGUGUCCAGACCACCCAUGUCUUUAUUUAUCCCAACUGAUGAUGAUGAUGAUGAGAAAAAGUGCCACUUAGAGGACUUUGAAGGAAGAAAGUUCAAAUUCAUUCUUCCCCAUUCUGCUGGAAGAAUCUGUAUUGGAGCAACUUGUGGUUACUUGAUAUUGUGUGGUAAGGGAGCCUUUGGCUCAUUUUUCGCUAAUGAAAACCGUGACUUUUGGCUUGUGAAUCCUAUCACAAGGCAUGAACUUCAUUUCCCUUUCCCUUUCCCUAAUAUAGAAUUGUACUUUCAUUUUUUGGGGGCUAUCCUUGUCUUUUCACCUUGUGUAUCUGGAUGGGUGUUUGUUGUGUUCUAUAGACGAGGCAAUAAUGGUAAAAUAUGGUUUUGUAUAGCGGGAAAACGAGAAUGGACUAGUGUCUCCACCGUUUCCCCCAUCAUUGAUUUACGAGCUUUCAAAGGGAAGAUAUAUACUCUAUACACGGAUAAUCGUUUAGGUGAAGUGACACUUUUUCCAACACCCAAAGUGACUUUACUAGAAAUCAAGAACCUUCCAAACCCAACCUUUCAAAAUCCGAGAUUUGUGAGUUGGGGUGAAAAUCUUUAUGUGAUGAAUCUAUCUUUUCAUUAUCCGUACCAAAAGAUCUAUGAAAUAAAUCUCAACAAAAUGGAAUGGGAGUCACGUGAAAAGAAAGGAGAAGAAUAUGGAUUCUUUUUAAGCCUUUUGGAUUAUGGUGCUUUGGUUAUAAGAGCGGAGUUAUGGGCUGACCUUGCGUCCAAAUACGAGAGAUAUGUUCGUCCUGAUGGAACCGGAAAAGACAGGUUGCUGUAUGCACACAGGUGGUAUUUUUUUCAUGAUUGUUUGAAUGUUAAUCUCCUCCUACAUCACUGAUUGACUUUAUUUACAUCUAAACCAUUUUGCUUUUGGUGGGCCCGCACAACUAUUAUAUAUAACUUACUUCUCAUUUUAUUUAUAAGUUAUAACUUAUUAGGGGU